AUGAGUCUUUUGGAGCAUUACAUCAAGUUGGCAUUCCAAGGAGCUGAAGAUGCCAAGUUGGAAAGUGCCAAAGUGUUUUUCAAAUUUUCGGAACAGAAUGACUCAAAAUUAGGACUCUUAGUUGAAGCUGUAGAUGCCUUGAUCCACUUAAUGACAACAGAGGAUAAUACGGAAAUUGUAAAAUAUUCUCUGAUGACUUUUAUUAAUAUUUGCAAAGAGAAAAAGUAUAUUCCUAGUAUACGAGAUACAUCAUGUUUUAAGGGAUUGGCACGAACAUUAUGCAAUCACAAUAUGAAUAUUCAAUUACUGGCCAUCAAAUGUGUGGGAUUGUUGGCUCGACAUCCUGCUUGCGGAAAAACCUUUGCAACAGAUGGAGCGCUUCUACCAAUGCUUUUCUUACUUAAACCUGAACAAGAUACAGAUCUCAUCAUUGAGGUUUGUAAGGCUCUUUCGGUAGCCCAAAUGAGAGGUGAUUGUGCUGCUAGAAUUGUUGAAGUUUGGGGACUUGAGAAACUGGGUCAACUUAUCGAACAGUAUAUCCAUGCCAACCAUGAAAAGGCCGUCUCGGUCGUGUCACACGUGACUGAAGUGUUUGCAAAUUUUUCUAGCUUUCCCAAGAUUGCAAUUUGCAUGAUGAAUACUGAAAAAUUACGCUUGGUUGAGCUGUUGCACAUACUUUUGGGAUCACAUGGCGUUUCAGUUGUUGCAAAGAGAGCAGCAGCAAAGACAUGCCUUAAUAUUAUCAACAAUGAAAAUAUUAAUGGUCAAGUGAUGCUCAAUCGUGAAUUUAUAAUUUUCAUCAUGCAACGGCAUUCAGAAAAAGACUUUUUAAUCAGGCAUACAUUGGCAAAAACUCUAGACAAUGCAAUCACCCAAUACUCGGAAGAAGCUGUCCAGAAAAUUAUUGAGGAAAAUAUGGAUGUUGGUUUCAUCGAAUGGAUGAUAAAAUCAAAUGGAUGCGAUCGUAUCCAAGUUAUGGUGUUAAAAUUGUUUAUCAGUCGGAAAUGGAUAUGCGCUGACAGAAGCCAUUUGUUUUCAUCCACGUUCGUACCCAGUCUCGUUCAAACGAUCAAGGAAACAAUAUCAACUAGUGUGAAGAGAAUGUGUGAUGAAGCUCUUUAUCAUUUCUCAGGAAUGGACAGGUUCAAGAAGGAAAUUGUGGAUGCUCGAGGAGGAGAAAUAUUAAUUCCUGCUCUCACCUUCAAAGAUGUUAUUUCGAAAUAUUGGUGCGUGAGAACAUUGGCGAGAAUUAUUCGAUCCAAGGAAUUUGCGCUUCAGUUUGUAAAGCAAUUUUCAGUUGUAAGGCCUGCAGUCAACUGUUUCUUAAUGACACAUCCCCAAAGUACAGAUCCAGUUGAGGAUUUCAUUUUCAUUAGCACACUUUCUAUCUUGUCUAACAUUUCAGAAACAAGAGAAUUUAGAGUUUAUUUUGUUCAAUCGGGAGGAAUUAACAAGUUACUUGAUAUUUUAGAAGAUCCAAAUACUGUACCCAUGAAAAUGAUACAAUGUUUAAUAAUUGUCAUUUCCUAUGUGAACAGUGCAAAUAAGGAGAGCUCUGGAAAUGCCAACCUCAAACUGGUACCAGAGAAAAAAUUAUGUAAGGUGGUUGAGAAUAUCACCUCUCGAAAUUUUUCGCUCUCUGCCAAAGUUAUUGAACUAAUAUCUGCUUAUUCUCAACAUUCCAACUCACCCAUCCACAAUUUCUGGAAUAUUCUUUACAACAAAUGCCUUAAUUUGGUGCGUUGCAAUGAAGAUUACAACUCGUAUCUUUAUCAAAGAAUUACGUGCUUCACAACCCUGACAUCUAUUUUAACAAAAGAUUAUGUUUGGUUUAAUUUGGACUUGAACAUGAUAGCGUUGCAUUAUCUCACAAUUUUUAUUAAUAGCAAUUUAUUGAGUCAUUUGAAGCGGAUUUCUGCUAAAGGCCUAUGCAUGAUUGGCGAGAAAAGCCCUUCAACUCUUUCAGCUUUAUUACCUUCAUAUUGUAGAAAGCUUCAGCUUACUCACAAGGAUCAUGUAUUUACUGAAAAAACAAAUUUCAGUGAUUGCUCUUCGUUUUGUCAAUUUCUGCAACGAUUUCUUCAGUUUUUUGAAAUGGAAAAGCAAAAAAAGCUUCGAAAAUAUAUGCUCUUCUCGCGUAUUCAAAGAUUUCUAACGUUCUUACUCCACUUUGUGAGAGAGAAAAAGGAAAAUGAACAAAUUGUUGAAAAGUUAAUUCGACAAGCAAGUGAAAACUGGGAAGACGAGCAAGCUAGAAGAAAACGAAUGCUUCAAAAUCCCAUGCUGCAUUAUAGGCCAAAAAUCCACAACCACCAUUACGAUACGGGCCAAAAGAACAAUUCCAUCACAAAUAACAACAGCACUUCUUGCUUGAACGAAUUCAUUCCCUACCAACCUACGUCUACAGACAGUCGAAUCAGGCUUGCAGAAUUCAUCUCUCGCAGAGAAUACGCUCCCAUUCAUUCACAACAUAUCCAUUCACAAGGCAAAGACUCAAAAAAAGAGGACACUACUGAUUUAUUUAAGAAACUGGGAGGAAGUGGUACUUUUGCAAACACCGUCGUGUAUAAUAAGAAAAUUCACAAAAAACAAAAAUUGAUCAUGGACCAGCAAAACAACAACAAGCCCACAUCGUUGUUGGACCAAUGGGAAGAAGAAUAUAGUAGCAAAAUUCCAAAACGACCAGCAUCUGCAAGUGUCAUCUCACGAAAUGCUAUCACUACUACUGCUGCUCUGAUGAAGAAACCACAACGUAAAGUGGUAGAAGAUCUAGACCCAGAGUUAGUGAGAAAAUACUUGAAACGAAGUGAGCAUAUGGGUAUUGUAAAAACAAACACUCUCCCUAAACCAAAAAUUGUUUCCCAUUAUAGGUAUCGAUGA